GCGUCGCGUGCGACCGUAAGACGGAACAACUCUCGAGCCCUGCGCGUCACGGAGUCCGCGGAGCUCAUUGGUGGCAGUCCGCUCGAUGUAACCUGGGACCCAUCUGCUUUAAGCGGCCAGGCUCCCCUGAACGCGUGAGGAUCACGAAAAAAUCAUGAUGAUCUUGACGCAAAAUGGAGGGACUCACGGUUGCGGAGACCUCGGGUCUCAUCGCGGCAGGCGUUUUUGUUUUGCAAAUCUUGCUAUCGCUUCUUUUCCCAGCCGCUCUCGUCGGCUUCGUUGAUGGAGAGAACACCGCCGUCACCUGGUCCGUUCUCGGCCGGUCCCUUCAGUCUUCCCCAUGGCCAACACUUCUGCAAACCGACGCAGCGGCCCGCCAUGGAGUCCUACGCCGCAUCAGCAACGGCCUGUUGCUUCAGACGGCCAUCGUUCUGUUGAUCUCGGUAGCCGCUAUUGUCACCCCACUCGGUCUGUACCAGACGGUUGAACCAGGCGACCUCGUCAUGGAGGCCUUCCAGUUCGUCAAGGACAAAUCCCCAUUUGGCUAUGCGACUCCCACUCGGGUUGAGGGACCUUUCUCCAGAAGCUGUGGCCUCGACGUUUGCCCUGGAUCCUGGGUAAACCGGACCUGUGUGCAGCAGGGGCUGCUCCAGAACUGCAGUGAUGUUGUCUACGGUCGCGCCAUCCCUGACAUCUGGAGGUCCGCGUUGAGAGAUGGCGCCGACCAGAUGGGUGAAUCGGUAUCAAGCAUCUUCGACAUUCAGUGGAGGAGCCAGUUUAACACCACAGAUGGGUUCGGUGAGUUCGGUUGGUAUAUGAAAUCAGGCUAUCGCCAGGUUGAGAUACUGGUCCUCGACCCAACAAUCCAACUAGUCGACGGUCUAAUUGUUGAUUCAAAGAACGGGGGAAUUGGUUUCCGCAAUCACACCGCCCCGAUCCCUUUCCACGAGUACGGCAGCACGUGGACCGAGGACAUACUCUUCAUCGAGCCAGAAACGCAGUGUGUGGACCUGAACGUCACCUUUGACUUCCGGCUAUCCCAGGAUAGCACCAAUCUACUUGGACCAAGAAACUGGGCCCUUGUCGAUCGCGGGGGCUUUUCUGACCUGCCUCGCGUAAGUCCGGACCUUGAAGUUCCUGGAGAUGGCAAUGGCCAGGGACACUUAGACCUCAGGGAAAGGGCAUACAAGGCUGCCUGGGCAAACAACUUCCUCACGCUGGCUUUCUUCAACGCCACUGAUCCCGACCCGGACAAUAUCACGCGGCUUGACGUGACGCCUGGAAUGAAGUUUUUGGGUGACGAGUCCGGGUUCGGUAGUGGUGUCAACCCGAACCACACCGGCAACGGAGACAUAAUCGAUGCCAACGUCUUCGCCCUAGAGUACCAAUCCAUUAGGUCUACUCUGGACUUUGGGGAUUAUUUGCAAUUCGAGCCGGCCUCGUCGACAGCCAAUGAAUCAGAGCCAACUGGGAAUCCGUGGGGGAUCGGCGAACCACAGUUCAAUCUCGUCUCCGAGAUUUGCGCCGGUGGCGACCACGACAACCCCGCCAACAUCAACAGCAGCCUCGUCGGCUGCGGCCUGCUCUACGGCGCCGCCCGCCGCAGCGACGGCGGCUCCGAAUUCAACCCGGAGCCCAACUCGGAAUGGUCCCUCCCACUCUACAGCUGCGCCGGCUCCGUCCGCGCCACCAUCCGAACCGUCACCUUCGUCCACAACGGCACGGGCUUCGCCGGCCUCAAAGUCGCCUCCACCAAUCCUAAAACCUACGCCUCCCCCACUGACCACCCCCUCUGGACCGUCGAGAACAUGCACCGCACCACGCUCUGGAACGCCCAACCCCUCUGGGGCAUCCUCAACCCCUCCACCCCGCCCUCCCAACUCCCCACCAACCACAGCACCACCCAGCAACGCACCCUCCGCCUGCCCGGCAUCGUCACCGCCGAAUCCGUCCUCACCGGCAACGGCUACGUCUCGGCCAAGCAAGGACAAAACCUGCCCGGCGUCGACUUCUACACGCGCGCCCUGCAGAACGCCUUCGGCAUCCGCCGCCCGGGCGCCGUCGGCUACGAGGGCCAUGCCGAUUACUCGGGCCGCACCAGCCUCGCGCUGUACAGCAAGUGGCAGAACCUGACGGCCAGCGCGGACGGGGCUGCGCAGUUGUUGAGGCUGGUGUGGACGGAUAUUGCGGCGAAUUCGGUGGUGGGGACGAAGGGGUGGGGGUUGGAUGAUCCGGCAGCUAGCGGGGGUGGGUUUGGGGCGGGGAGGAAGCGGGAUGGUGGUGCGGGUGGCGGUGGUGACCAGGUGCCGGUGACGGUGUAUCGGCGCCGGUUGCGGUAUCAGCUGCCGUAUAUGGUGCCGGCAGUGGUGGUGCUGGCGCUGGCGACGGCGGUGUUGGGCACGUGGCUGGUGUUGGUGGUGAUGGGCCGGACGGGCCCGGCCAAGAUGCGCCGGCUGCUGGAUGCCACCUCGCCGGGUAGGAUCUUGGGCGGGUUCCUCUGGCCGGACAAGACGGCUACGCUAAGGGGCACGAACGAGUGGGUCAAGACGGUUGGGACGAGGGUUGUCAUUGUUGGUUCCGGUUCUGGGGACGCGGUUGCGGUUGCGGCGAGGCAGAGCGAGCAGGAUCGGGAUGGGGAGGGUCAGGUGGUUGGCGAGGAGUCGAUUCAGUUGAUUGAGAAGAAUAAAGCCGUUGCGAGGGUUUAGUAUCUAGGCAAGGAUACCACUACAAACUGCGUUGUAGUGGUAUUUCAGAGAGGUGCCAUAGCCAGCCAUACCAUGGAUAUAUUGCCGGGUGGGCACCUCCCUAGGUACCUACCUAUCUAA